AAAGUGGAGGGAUUGGGAGAUGGAAUGAACAGCAUCUGUCCCCAAACCCAAACCCUAGAGAUUUAGAAAGGAAAAAAAAAAAAAGAAAAACUGUGAAGCUGCAAAAAACCAUUUAUGCCCUCCCCUCCUCCUUCCAAUCCCCUAUAUGAACCCGCACCGGCCCCUCCGGUUCUGGAUUGAUUCAAUUCCGCCAUAAUUCUCACCUUAAAGUUCAAACCACCGCCGCACUAAAUCGCCCAUUUCUCCUUCAGAUUCCUUCCUUCUUCUUCGUUAGCAUCCUAAUCGCAGCCUACUGCACUUUAUGCUUCCCAGGAAGAGAGCUGGUGAAGAAGGUGCGGUUGUAGAAGAAGAAACUGACAACACCAACAACGUCGUCAUCAACAACAACAACAACAUCAACGUGCAGACCGCGGGUGCGUCUCUAAUCAAGAAGCACCGGAUCGACAUCUGCGCCGUCGAGUCCAACUCCAACUCCAACAGCAAGGUAGCUGCCGCUGCCGCUGCCGCCACUGCUACCACCGCCAACAACAUCCAGAGCGACGGUGCAUCUUUGAUCAUGGCUCUGGGGAAUUCCAACCCGCCGGACAUCGAUGAGGAUCUGCACAGCCGACAACUUGCUGUGUAUGGCCGCGAAACCAUGCGGAAGCUUUCGGUGUCCAAUGUCCUCAUUUCCGGGAUGCAGGGUCUUGGCGCCGAGAUUGCCAAGAAUGUUAUUCUUGCUGGGGUGAAGUCAGUGACCUUGCAGGAUGAAGGUGUAGUCGAGUUAUGGGAUUUGUCUAGUAAUUUUGUGUUCUCAGAGAGCGAUGUUGGUAAAAACAGAGCACUUGCCUCCGCUCAGAAGUUGCAAGAUCUCAACAAUUCUGUCGUUGUCCAUACCUUCACAACUAAACUAGUGAAAGAACAACUUUCAGAAUUCCAGGUUGUUGUCUUCACUGAUACUGGUCUUGACAAAGCUAUGGAAUUCAAUGAUUUUUGUCAUAACCACCAGCCUCCAAUUUCAUUUAUCAAAUCUGAAGUGAGAGGGCUCUUUGGUUCAGUGUUUUGUGACUUUGGGCCUGAGUUCACUGUUUAUGACGUGUAUGGAGAGGACCCACACACUGGCAUAAUUGCAUCCAUCAGCAAUGACAAUCCUGCUCUUGUAUCCUGCGUUGAUGAUGAGAGGCUUGAGUUUCAGGAUGGAGAUCUUGUGGUGUUCUCUGAAGUUCAUGGUAUGACAGAGCUGAACGACGGGAAGCCGAGAAGGAUUAAAAAUUGCAGGGCCUAUUCAUUUACUCUUGAGGAGGAUACUACAAACUUUGGUAGCUAUGAGAAAGGUGGCAUUGUAACACAGGUGAAGCAGCCCAAAGUGUUGAACUUCAAACCAUUAAGAGAAGCAAUCAACGAUCCUGGUGAUUUUCUCCUCAGUGAUUUCUCCAAGUUCGAUCGUCCUCCUCUCAUACACUUGGCAUUCUCGGCCUUAGAUAAAUUUGUGACUGAGUUGGGUCGCCUACCAGUUGCUGGUUCUGAGGAGGAUGCUCAAAAGCUGAUCUCUGUUGCUAGUAACAUUAACGAUAGUUCAGGAGAUGGGAGAAUUGAAGAUAUUAAUCCCAAGCUUUUGAGGCACUUUGCAUUUGGAGCCAAGGCAGUACUCAAUCCCAUGGCAGCCAUGUUUGGUGGUAUAGUAGCUCAAGAGGUUCUCAAAGCAUGCUCUGGAAAGUUUCAUCCACUUGUCCAGUUCUUCUACUUUGACUCAGUGGAGUCUCUUCCCAGAGAGUCAUUGGACGCCAGUGAUUUUAGGCCCCUGAAUAGCCGUUAUGAUGCACAGAUUUCAGUGUUUGGGUCUAAGCUACAGAAGAAACUGGAAAAUGCCAAAGUCUUUAUGGUUGGAUCUGGUGCUCUAGGCUGUGAGUUUUUGAAGAAUCUUGCACUGAUGGGAGUUUCAUGUAGCAACGAAGGGAAGCUAACAAUUACUGAUGAUGAUGUAAUUGAGAAAAGCAACCUGAGUAGGCAGUUCCUUUUCCGUGAUUGGAACAUUGGGCAGGCCAAAUCCACAGUUGCUGCUUCUGCUGCUGUUGCAAUUAAUCGGCAUCUCAACAUUGAAGCUUUGCAGAACCGAGUUGGUCCUGAAACUGAGAAUGUCUUUGAUGAUAGCUUUUGGGAGAAUUUGAAUGUUGUAGUUAAUGCACUAGACAACGUAAACGCAAGGCUUUAUGUUGAUCAAAGAUGCUUGUACUUCCAGAAACCACUCUUGGAAUCUGGUACCCUUGGUGCUAAAUGCAACACUCAAAUGGUCAUUCCUCACCUGACUGAAAACUAUGGGGCAUCAAGAGACCCACCUGAAAAACAAGCUCCCAUGUGCACCGUGCAUUCAUUUCCGCACAACAUUGACCACUGUUUGACAUGGGCUCGAUCCGAGUUUGAAGGUUUACUUGAGAAGACUCCUACUGAUGUGAAUGCUUAUCUGUCUAAUCCUAGUGAAUAUACUUCUUCGAUGAUGAAUGCUGGUGAUGCUCAGUCUAGGGAUACUUUGGAGCGUGUUCUUGAGUGUCUUGAUAGAGAAAGAUGCGAAACUUUUGAAGACUGCAUUACGUGGGCUCGUUUGAAAUUUGAAGAUUAUUUUGCGAACCGUGUAAAGCAGUUGAUAUACACAUUUCCUGAAGAUGCUGCAACUAGUAAUGGGGCUCCAUUCUGGUCUGCUCCAAAGAGAUUUCCCCAUCCACUGGAGUUUUCAACUACGGAUCCAAGUCACCUAAAUUUUGUUCUGGCGGCGGCGAUACUAAGAGCAGAGUCAUAUGCCAUUUCAAUUCCUGACUGGGUUAAGAACCCCGGGAAAUUGGCCGAAGCAAUUGAAAGAGUUAUGGUACCAGAUUUUAUGCCCAAAAAGGAUGCCAAGAUAGUGACUGAUGAGAAGGCUACCAGUCUCUCUACCGCAUCUGUUGACGAUGCAGCUGUUAUUCAUGAACUGAUAAACAGAUUGGAGGAUACCCGCAGGAAGCUAUCAGAGGGAUUCAGGAUGAAACCGAUCCAGUUUGAGAAGGAUGAUGAUUCAAAUUACCAUAUGGACCUCAUUGCUGGGCUUGCUAACAUGAGAGCGAGGAAUUACAGUAUUCCUGAAGUAGAUAAGUUGAAAGCCAAGUUCAUUGCCGGAAGGAUCAUCCCGGCUAUUGCAACCUCUACUGCAAUGGCCACAGGUCUUGUCUGCCUCGAACUCUACAAAGUUCUGGAUGGCGGCCACAAGGUGGAGGACUACCGUAACACAUUUGCGAACCUGGCGCUGCCUCUGUUCUCCAUGGCCGAGCCAGUCCCGCCCAAGGUCAUUAAGCACCGGGAGAUGAGCUGGACUGUUUGGGACAGAUGGAUCAUCAAAGACAACCCCACUCUCAGAGAACUCAUUGAAUGGUUGAAGAACAAAGGAUUGAACGCCUAUAGCAUCUCGUGUGGCAGCUGUCUCCUGUAUAAUAGCAUGUUUCCCCGGCACAAAGACCGAAUGGACAAGAAGGUUGUUGAUUUAGCCCGAGAUGUUGCUAAGGUGGAGCUGCCUGCAUAUCGUCGACACUUGGAUGUUGUUGUGGCUUGCGAGGACGAUGAGGAUAAUGAUAUCGACAUCCCUCUGGUGUCUGUUUACUUCCGUUAGGUACCUGCUGUUCCUGGAUCAUUCUUCCGACCCUGGUCAGACUCGGACUUUGUUUUACAGUCUUCUAAAGUUUAGUACUCUAGAGCUCGGAGAGUAUUCAAGAUAUUAAAUGGCCGGACACAGUUCACAUAUUCAUAUAUAAAUUUGGAAGAAACUUUGAUUUGUGCAAUUAAAUGCAUACCUCCUCGUAUGGUUGAGACCAACCAUUGGCUUUGGAAUGUUGAACCUUUACUGGCGACGAAGGUAAGUUCGGUUGUUUAUCCUCUUUUUCACACAUUGACCUCCUUUUGGUUCGUUGCAUAAUAUCAACAUUGCCACUUGUCGCUCCA